UCUGAUGGUAUUUAUGCUUCUCCCUUUGCUGAAGUUUGUGAUAUGCAAAAAAAAAAGUGAUGAUAUUUUUGUAACACUGUUCUUUUUACACUUUGAUGCUAUGAGUAGCCCAGCACCUUGCAGCAGCACCUGGUCAAUUAGUGAAGAUUCGCUAAAGAGAUAUGUACAAUAUGCAAGCGAGAACUGUAUACAAGAGCUGCUGUCAGCGUCAGACUCGAGUAGGAAUGGGAAUGGGAAUGACGGGUGGAAGAUUGUUUUGUUAGAUAGUUGUAUGGAAAUAUCAAAGCGGCGUUCAGGAUCAUUCCACAUCUUUCGUAGUCGUUGGCUCCUCAAAUCAGUCUCUCCUCAGCAGUUCAUUUCUGUUGCCAAUGCUAUUGAUGCUGCAAAGCAAUGGGAUCCUGACUUGGUGGAGGCAAGAUACAUAAAGGAUCUGGAGGAAAAUCUGAGCAUAAUACGUCUAAGAUUCGGUGACGCAUCAAGGCCGUUGUUUAAGAACAGAGAAUUUAUUGUAUACGAAAGACGUGAGACGAUGGAUGACGGCACCCUUGUGGUUGCAGUAGCUUCACUCCCAAAAGAGAUAGCUGCUGGGUUAUACCCUAAGCAAAACAAGGCUAUCAGGGGUUUAUUGUUACAAUCUGGCUGGGUUGUGGAGAAGCUUGAAGAUCAUUCCUGCAUGGUCACCUAUGUUGUUCAGCUAGAUCCAGCAGGAUGGCUUCCAAAGUUUUUUGUGAAUCGGCUGAACACAAAACUUGUAAUGAUUAUUGAAAAUCUAAAAAAAUUAGCACAAAGAAAUCAACUUGCUAGUGCUAUAUAAUUACUUGUAUAAAAAAGUUUUCAAAAGAAAAAAAAAGUGCAGGGAC